AUGUCAAGCGGCCUACCUUAUCUGAAUAAGCUGCGCAAGCCGGAGCUGGUUGAGUUUGCAGAGAAGACUGACCUCCAAGAUUUCUCUGACCUCAACAAAUCUGAACUUGCUGUCACACUGGACAAGCACUUGAGCAGCAACCGCACCAUUUUUGCGGGUGAGAAAUCUCUGGCUGAUUACUAUAAGCGUCUGUCCGCGCCGCCUCGUGGAGGCUCGCCCGUGAAGCGCGAGCCUAAAGUCGAGGUCCCUGGGUCUGUGAAGAAGACGCCGGGUCGUAAGCCCGCCGCGCAAAGACAGGAAGAGGCGAGCUCUUCUGAGGAACCGCCGUCUCGUACAGUCACCAAGUCGCCCAAGUCGCCCGUCUCCCCGACCGAGGUGGUGCGCCGGUCCGCACACCGAGCGCGCGCGGUCCUCGAUGUUCCCCCUUCUCCUGCUGUCGUGACAGAUGUCAUUGAUCGACAGACUACGCGCGUGCGCGAGGGAAUCGAGCAAGCCUGGACCUCGUCGGGGGUCACUGAGCGCACACACUCUCUGCGCGCAAACUUGAGCAGCCUCUUUGCGAUUGAGGCCCUGGUUGUGUUGGUUGAAGCUUACACCGUGGUAUCUGAUCAGCUGCCCAAUCGAUUCCUGACCACCAUCGAUGCCAACCGCACCUUUCACACGCCCGCUAUUCCCGUCAAGGUUCCUGACUUAUUCCGCCUGUUGACUCCUGGCUUCUGGGGUACCUUCACGCUGUGGCUACUCACCAAUCUGAUUGUCCCGCUGGUGGCGGCUUAUUUCUUCAACUUGAGCUGGUACGCUGCUACUGGCGGCGGUGCGCGUCGAGGUCGCUCAUCAUCGUCCAUCAGCACCUUUGAUCCCAUCACUUUCAACAUUGCCAAGGCGUUGAUGGUCUGGAAAGUGUAUGUUCAGGGCUUUUCCUUCUGGGGCAUGUACAGCAAGAUUGCUUUGGAGAAAGUCAACGCCGCUGUUCCCGGCAACUACUACGGGAUGUGGACUGGCGCCGCAAUCGGUGUGCUUGGCGCUCUGUACGAGGCUAUUCUCCGCCGGCAAUGA